AUGAUUUUCAAUCCUUUUCAGCAGAGUUCCCUUCUCUCCCACACAAUCCAAAGGAGACUCGACGAGAUGGAAUUCAAGAACUUGCCCAUUCGACCAGCGGGUCAUACGCCCAACGCAUACGACAGUGACAUGGAUAGCGAGUGGAUUCAGACGCCUCCCGAAGAAGCAUUUGCGGACGAAGACGAGUUCCAAAUAGAUCCGACGGGAGAUCUACUGUUGCACGUCGGUUCUGACCCGUCUACCGGCAGCGCCAGGUCCUUUCGCGUCUGUUCAAACACACUACGACGAGCGUCGCCAUUUUGGAAACGCACACUACUUGAGACAUCCUCAGAGACGCAAGCAGUCGACGAAGAGUGGUGCAGAUGGACCCCAUCGCUAUACGCCUGUCAGCACGAAAAGUUAGAUGGAUUGAUGAUCCUGCUCAACGUCAUUCACUCAAAAUUCUCACUCAUACCGAAGGAACCCACACUCAUCGAAGUCUACCACACGCUAUGUUUGGCUAGCUUGUACGAAAUGGAGCAUGUCUUGCAACCGUGGAUCGUACAGUGGUCUGGGGUGUUGAAGACGCCAGAGAGCACCAGCGACGGCCGGAAUCUGGCCAUGUUGUCCUGCAUUGCCUGGGCAUUGGGCGACGAGCGACUUUUUGCGAGGACCAUCAUCAAAAUCAGCCUUACCUGCACCAUAGAUGAUAGAGGCCACAUGAUCACUCCUGACGGGGCUCGCAUAGAAGACUAUUUUCAUGAUUCCCUCGGCUCACCGAUCAUCCCAGAGGCCAUUCGUACCCUACGUUCCCAACUAGCCACAGAGUUACCCUCACAUCUCAAUGGUGUUAUCAACAGAUUAAUAGACGGCACAUGGCUGUGUGCCGGCAUAUCUGGAAUUCCCGUAACCCGAAACAAAAAGUGCGAUUAUAUUGUACUAGGAAGCGUGUUCGCGGGCCUCAUCUACGUCCGGGGGACCAGAAUGACAGAGAUGGUAAUCAGAGUGGACGAGAGCGUCAUGGACUUGCUCAAGUCUCUCAAAAGGGUGCUGUCGUACGUGACUUGCUACGAAAAGCACCCGGAAUGCAACCCGGCUGAGCGCAUCGCAGAUGCUAUGAAGAAGACGAUUGAUGACAUGGGCACACCUCUGAGCUCAGACUGUGUCCAACGAAUGAGGGAACAGCGCCAAAAGACAGGAUGGGAAAACUGA